AUGAAGUCGGAGUUGGCUGACUACGGCGGGUCGGGCAACGCAACGUUGAUCUCCAUCGCGCUGCAGCGCAACAACCUGCGCGGCUCGCUCGAGGCGGUGCGCUUCGACGCGCUCGGCGCGGUUCUGGAGUCGCUCGACCUGGACCGCAACGAAUUGGAAGGCCCGGUGCCGUCUUCGCUGUGCCACGUCGCCGCCCUCGCGCAGCUGCGUAUGAGCAACAACCACCUCACCGGCCCCGUUCCCGACUGCUUCAACAUCUCCAAGCAGCUGAUUCGUCUGGACCUGUCGUCGAAUCUGCUGACGGGACCCCUGCCCGAGUCCCUGUUUCGCAUUCCAUCGCUGGAGUUCCUCAUUCUGGCCAGCAACCUGAUCAACGGCUCCCUGCCCAAGCUCUACGGCGCCACGAACCUCACCAAGCUCGUGCUGUCGUCCAAUCGCCUGCAAGGCAAGUUUCCCCAGGACAUACAGUACCUCAACUACCUGGUCCAGGUCUCACUCGAUCACAACCAGUUCAGCGACGCCUUCGAUGACAACAACUUCGUGCCCUAUACCCGGAUCAUGUCGGCGAUCGACGUGGCCCACAACAAUUUCUCGGGCUACAUUCCAGCGCGCAUUGCCGAAUUGGUCAGAGGCGGCUCCAUGUCCUACAUCUCCUUCGCCAACAACCCCCGCAUGGUGGCGCAAGGGAAGGGGGCGCCGGUACCGCCCUACCUGGCCCUGCUGGACUCCGAGCUCACUCUCAAGGACCGCCGCAAGUACUACUGCAAAUCGGUGAUCGUUGCGCAGGGCGGCUUGUUGGCGGUGGAGGUGUCGCCGGAGUACUUUGAUUACCACCACUGCAGCUGCUCCCGCGGGUACCACGGCAAGCCGCCCAGCGACUGCGAGGGCUGCCCGACCAACUGCCAAUGCGACCAAGGAGGCAACGUGCUGACGUGGCCCGUCGGCUACUACCCCAUCAUCUCCUCCGACAACCCCAGUAAGGAGCUGCGGGUGGUGACGGCCGAGGCAUGCCCGGCGGGCAGCUACGCGUGCAAUCCUCACGGCAACUGCUCGUUCGUCUGGAACCAGGGCAUCGCGCCCGGCUGCGACCUCUGCUCACUCGGAAGCAGCGGCCGCCUUUGCUCCAAGUGUCAUUGCGACCAGUAUCGCGACUGCUACUACCUCAACUACAAGUCCCAGUGCAUGCUCUGCGAGCGGGUCGCGCGUAGCACGAUCGUGGGCGGCGCCCUACUGCUGGUCUUUGCAGCCGUCGUGGCCGCCCUCGUUGCUACGAGGUCAUCGGCGAGCAGCGUGCGACUCGAGCUGGCGAAGAAAAUGAAGAGAACGAAGAAGAGGGGGAGGAGGAAGAGGAAGAUGACCGAGCGUCACAAGGCAAUCGGCGCGGACCAAUCGGAUUCAGCCGACGCCGCUGCCCAGUCGCGCUUCAACAUUCAUGGGCACAUCCUCAACGAGAGCGGCAAGCUGCGGUUGUUGAUCCUCUACUGGCAGGCCAGCAGUCUUCUCAACAAUCGGUGGCCGCACUGGACGUUGGAGUACGGGAUGCGGUUCCUGUCCAUCUUCGACCCGCAGACGACCGAGUUCGGUCUCGAGUGUCUGUUCCCGGCCCUCGCGGACCCGUUCAACGACCUCGUCGUCAACCUCCUGAUCGUGCCGGCCCUCUCGCUCCUCCUGGUCGUGGUGGUCGCGGUCUGGGUCGGCUGGCGCUAUACCGCGGCCCGCCUUCUUCGAUCGAAGCGCCCACCCCCUUCGAUCGAAACGUUGCACGCGCCGCAUAUGUCGACAAAUGACGGCGACCGUUCGUCGUCAUCGUCGUCGUCGUCGACGACGGGGGCGGCCGUCGGCAGCUGCCCCGACCGCGUGACGCGGCCGAUCAUGUGGGGCGUCAACGUGUUCCUCUUCAUCCUCUGGCUCUUCUACUUCCAGGUCUGCAACAAGGCCUUCUUCGCCUUCCCCUGUAUCUCCGAGGCGGAGACGGGCGACUCGUACGUGGCCACGCUGCCGUGGCUGUCGUGUUCGUCGGACGAGUGGCACCGCUUGCGGGCGGUGGCCAUCGCCGGCCUGGUCGUGUACGCCGUCGGCGUGCCGGCCCUGUUCGCCGGCCUCUACCUCCACUUCCUCCGUAAGAAGGCCCUGUUCGACCCCGACGUGCAGUACACCAUCGGCUUCUUCUACUCGGGCUACAAGCAGCACACCUGGUACGAGGCGGUGAUCUUCCUUCGCCGAUUCGCCCUCUCGGCCCUCAUAUUCGCCCUCCCGCCCGACACCCCGUUCCGGGAGACGGGCCUCUUCGCCGUGCUCCUGCUCGCCAUCUCCUGCGUGUUCCUCCUCCGGCCCUACCGACAAAAGCUCGAUUGGAUGUUGGAGAUCAUUUCGCUGUUCGUGCUGGUGGUGACCUACAUCGCCCAGUCGGAGUGGACCUAUCUCAUCCCCAACUACCAGAUGUUCGAUCCCGAGCCGGACGUGGCGGCGCUCGUGUGGAUGAUGCUGCUCAUCAACGUGGGCACGAUCCUCACGUUCGUGCUGGUCAUGCUCUUCGUGGUCCUGCGUCUCCCGGCCCUCCGCUACCUCCGCGCCCACGGCCGCACCCAAGGCGCCACGUACGACCUCGUCCGCUACUGGGACAAGGUCGUCGAAUGA